AUGAACGACUGCACGAUCCUCGUCAGCACGCCGUCCGCCGCCAAGCUCCGGCCUUUCCCCGCAGCUACCGACGCCGCCGCGGCGCGGCCGGCCGCGGCGGCCCCGUGGCGCCCGUUCGCGCCCGCCCGCACGCGCGUGCGCCGGGCGUCCGCCGAUACCGCCCUCCACGCGCAGGCGGCCGCCGCGGCGGCUGCGGAGGAGCUCGCGCGCUCAAGCUGCUCCGGCCACGUGUCCGGCAGCCCCUCCCGGGGGUGCGGGGCCGUGCGGCGCACCAGCUGCUGCGCGGAGAUGUUUGCGCGGCUUGUCGCGCCGCCACAGGCCAUGCUGAUUGCUGACCAGACGACCCAGCUGUGCUGCCGGCUUUUCGAG